AUUAUACAUUUUUUCUACUUUUAGGUAAAAUGAAGGAAAUCCCUUUGAGUACUUGUGAACGGGAGUCUGUCAUAUCAGCAAUAUCUCGAGGGGUUAGGCAUGACAACCGGGCAUUCCUAGAAGUUCGUCAUAUAAAAGUCAGCUUUGGCAAAGACUAUGGCAGUUGUACAGUAACUCUUGGCCAGACAAGAGUUUUAGCUCAGGUAACAUGUGAGGUCGUUGAACCUAGGCCAUCUCGUCCUAAUGAAGGGAAAAUUUCAAUAGCUGUUCACCUAUCUCCGAUGGCAGCUCCACAUUUUGAAGCAGGAAGGGGUAUUGACCUUGUGGAUGAAUUACAGCAAGUUCUUGACAGGAAUAUUAAAGAGUCAAGAUGUCUUGAUGUGGAGUCCCUGUGUAUCAUGGCAGAAGAAAGUGUUUGGCAGUUUCGUGUUGAUGUUACUGUAAGUGGUGAUAAUGGCAUCUUUUAUUAUCUUUAGUUUUGCACUCUAAAG